ACCUUUCAUACAUAAAACAAGCUCAGAGGUCAAAAUAUAAACAAUAUUUAGGGGGAAAGCAUAAAAAUAAUAAUGAGCAAUAAGAAUGACAAGUAUGCAUGAGCACUUGGAUCAUGUGUAAUUUCACAUGGAAAAAGCUGCCAUGCAGGUUUUUGGUGCACAAUGGCAUGGAGAGAACCUUAGCCUGAUUUCUUCUGGAGAGCUUGAUUUCUCAUCUCCAGAGCAUAUCUCUCCAUCUUUUACCGCCUUGUUUCGCAAAUGAGAGCUCUUGUAAUUUACAGAACAUAAAUCAAACCCAUCACUUCUCUCCACCUUCAGCAUUCAGAUGCUUAUCUUCUUAUUUAGCGACAUUUCAGGGUCCACCCAGUUUCUUAUCUUCACACUCCACUCAUAUGAACUUCACACUGACUGGACAUUUACAAACCAGGGCCAAUCUCCUGAGGUGAUACUGAUAAGGUAAUGACUAAUCAGAGGAUGUGGCCGAAAACAAGCUGCCCCUCCCUGCACCGCUUCCCUUCUGGGUGAGGUUAGUGUGUGAAGACUAUACGCUGGAAUUACAGACAACGAUCAGGCUGAGAAAAGAGCAGAAAAUCCAAGGAAUUUGGGGAGUAUGAGAGAGAAGUCAAUGAGAAGACAACAUUUUGAAUGCUGAAGGCAUCAAAUUCAUCAAUUUAAGUGACAUUUAAAGAGGAACGACACCAUCAUCAUGGUAACCCUGAACACUCAAUCACUCACCGUGCCGGUGGGAAUAAUCCGACUGUUUGAGUUCGCACUAACGCUCAUUACCUUCAGCCUGGUGGCUUCUGAAGGCCACGACAGAACUUCGUUCUGGGCCUGGUGCAUGUUCACCUGGUGCUUCUGCUGCUUCAUGACCCUCCUCAUCAUCAUCCUGGAGUUCACCGGCCUGAACGCCAAGGUGCCCAUCUCUUGGGAUGACUUCACCACGGCUUUUGCGAUGUUGUCUACACUUAUGCUGUUGGCCGCUUCCGUCAUCUACCCCACGUUUUACGUCUGCUCCUCAUGUUCGGUCAAGAUCGCGGCCACAGUGAUGUCCUGCGUGUGCUUCAGCCUCUACGCAGCCGAGGUGGGACUGACCCGAGCCAAACCCGGGGAGAUCAGCGGGUUCCUGUCCACUGUGCCGGGCUUGCUGAAGGUUCUGGAGGCGUUCGUGGCCUGCAUCAUCUUCAUCUGUCUGGAUUCGGACUUUUACAGCUUGUUUCCAGGGCUCCAGUGGUGCGUGGCCGUCUACUCAAUCUGCUUCAUUGUUUCUCUACUUAUCAUCAUCCUCACAAUCGGCAGGUUGUUGGCUCGAAUCCCCUUCCCGCUGGACAAAUGUCUGACGGGGUACAACAUACUGGCGGUUGUAAUGUACCUCACGGCUGUGGUGGUGUGGCCCGUCUACAGUUUCCAGAAAGUGGAGAGACCACCAGACUGCAGAAACUGUCCCUGGAGCAGGCUGGUUGUUGUGACCUGCAUGACUUGCAUCAAUCUGAUCGUCUACAUCGUGGAUACGGUUUACUCAGUGCGUCUGGUGUUCUUUGUUUCACCUGCCUAGAAAACUUGAGAGGUUCCUCAUUUUUAGGUUGUGAAAUGUACAGUCUAUUAAAAGUAACCAGAUUGUUGCAUCAGUUUGUAUGAGAAUAGGCAGUUUUAAAUAUGCACAUACUGAUUUUGUUGAUUGGCAAACUGCCUGUCGGUUUACUGAAAAAAAAAUAAUUCUGAAAUAUGUUGGCCUUAUGGGAAUGAUUAAAAAUAGUCAUUUUAUAUGAUAAACAUU